AUCUGGCCAUGCUCUGCCCUGCUUUGCUGCGGAGCACAGCACAUCCCAAAGCUCCGUGCUGGGCCGUGAGCAGUUUGCUGGUGCACCGAGGACACCCACUUCCUCAAAUGCAAGGAGCAGAGCGCAGCACCGGGCAGGGUGCAGGCUGGGACCACGCAUCCCUGCAUCCAUCAAAGAGGGGAGCAGAGAAGGAGGCAUCACCUCGGCAUCAUUGGGAAGGCAGAGAGGAGCUUCAGAGGAGAGCAGGGCAGGAAGGUACUUUUAUGGGUUGUUCCGAGCCGCCCGCAGAGGAGGGAAGAGGAAGCACGUUGGCAAAUCAACCCUUGCUGAGCUGUUGCUCUUGGUGCGGGGUCCCCAUAGGACCUCAGGGCUUUGUUUCCUCCCGUCUCCUAAGCAAGGCCCCCCCUUAAGGAAGAAAAAAGCCUUUCCUGGUCCGGAAUGUCCCUCAAGCUGCCACGGAACUGGGAUUUCAACCUCAGAAUGGAUGCUGCCAAAAUAGCGCGGUCCAGGAGCGUGAUGAGCGGGGAUGCAGCGGGCGCCGGGCCGGGUGCCCCCAGUGCCCUGCAGAGGACCCUGAAGGACGGCUGGCUCAAGAAGCAGCGCUCCAUCGUCAAGAACUGGCAGCAGCGCUACUUCGUGCUCAAGGGGCAGCAGCUUUACUACUACAAGGAUGAGGAUGAUGUCAAGCCACAGGGCUGCCUGUCCCUCCAGGGAAGCACCAUCAAGGAGGUGGCCAGCAACCCAGAGGAAGGAGGGAAGUUCAUCUUUGAGAUCAUCCCAGGCUUCUCCGGAGAGCAGAGCCGGGCCGGGCAGGACCCCUGCGUGCUCAUGGCGAAUUCCCAGUCUGAGAUGGAAGAAUGGGUUAAAUCCAUCCGACGGGUGCUGGGGUCUACAUCAGGAGCGGUGUUCGGGCAGCACUUGGCAGAGACCAUGGCCUACGAGCAGAGGUUUGGGCAGCACCAGGUCCCCAUCCUGGUGCAGAAGUGUGCUGAGUUCAUCCGGGAGCACGGUGUCAGCGAGGAGGGCAUCUUCCGCCUCCCCGGCCAGGACAACCUGGUGAAGCAGCUCAGGGAUGCCUUCGAUGCUGGGGAAAGGCCGUCGUUUGACCGGGAUACGGAUGUUCACACCGUGGCCUCGCUGCUCAAGCUCUACCUGCGGGAGCUGCCGGAGCCAGUGGUGCCCUGGAUGCAGUAUGAGGAUUUCCUGCUGUGCGGGCAGGCGCUGGAUGCGGAUGGGAGGAAGGGCCAUCAGGAACUCCUGAAGCAGCUGUCCCUCCUGCCCAGAGACAACUACAACCUCCUCAGCUACGUCUGCAGGUUUCUACACGAAAUCCAGUUGAAUUCUAGUGUCAACAAGAUGAGUGUGGAUAACCUGGCAACAGUGAUUGGAGUGAACCUCAUCAGACCCAAGAGAGAGGAUCCUGCCAUUAUUAUGAGAGGCACCCCACAGAUCCAGAAGGUGAUGACUGUGCUGAUCAGCGACCAUGCAAGCCUCUUCCCUCCAUCCAAGGAUGUGCCACCCUCCCCGCCUGCCCACAACAACGACAAGAAGGCGCCCAUCCUGCGCAGCUCCGUGGGCUGGGGCGCAGCUGAGGACCCCGGGGUGACCAGGGCUGAUGCACUGACCCAAAGGCAAAUGAGAGAUGACCUCAAUUCCAGCACUGAUCCCAAACCGGCUGCGAGCUCAAGUGCACCCAGAGAAGAGAAGGGCCCUAAGGAUACACCGGGAAUGUGGAAAACACAGUCAAGGAAAAGAACUCAGACUUUACCCAACAGGAAACCUUCCCUGGCAGCUGCUUCCGCGGGGCAGAAAGGCAGCAACGACAGGAAUGAUUCAUUGGAGGGCUGGAAAAGCUCCCCUGGGAGCAGCGUGCGCCCCGUGGUCCAAGAGGGACACAAGAGAACGUUGUCUCAUGAUCUUUUUAAGCUGCUCGACCUUCACCGGGCUUCGACCUACGAUAACGUUCCUGCUUCCCAGGCAGAGAGUGGGGAAGGCAGCGGCUCCGAGAAGGAAUUCCUGCCCUGCCCCAGUCCCAGCCAUGAGCCAAAGGAAAGAGGCAGUGCCACCAGCAGCCCCGAGGUGUCCAAGCCUGAUGAGGGGAGCAGGGAGUUCCUGCAGAACAUGGUCCUGAAGCUGGAAAGAGAGAUGGAGCUACAGAAGAAAGACUACGAGGAGCAGAUUAAAAGUCUUGAGAAGGAAAACUACGAAGUCUGGACCAAACUGUUGAGGCUGAAUCAGGACAUUGAGAAGGAGAAGAAGAAAUCUGAGCAACUGGAGCUGAAGUUGAUGAGCGUGGAGCGCUCAUGGGAGGAGAUGGAGAAGAAAAACAAGAUGCUUGAGGAGGAGAUUAAAAACUUGGCUAAAUCCACAAGCAAAAGUGAUGCUAAAACCAACUAGGAGAAGGCAGCUUUGCACAGCUGCAUGAGUGCAUAGGAAUCGCCAAGCAGGUUCAGAGCCAGGGACUUGUAUUGGCCCAUGUUCUGCUACUGACCAUGGGCUGGGUUGGAGGAAGGAGCCCAGAAGUUACAGCGUGAUUUAUGCUCUGAAACAGGAAGUUUCAAACAUGUUCUUUAGCUUUUUUGGGGUGCUUUUUGUACCUCCUCUUUCAGCUGCUCAAGGAACUUAUAGAACAGGCCAACAUCUCUUGCUGCUCAAUCAGAGCAUUGAGCAUCCCUGCUGCCAGCCACCUGGCUCCUUGCUGGAGAUACCUCCAGUGCUUCUGAAUGGGACAAAGGCCAUAAAUCCUGGAUCCAUGGAGUUGGAGAAACCCCAAGAUCUGGGGUGCCUGGAUAAUGGUUGUGAAUGCUGCCAGCACCGCUGUUGGGAUGCUCACGUCAACACAUACAGUCGGUUAUUGCUCUUAUAGAGCAAGAGAAGCCCAGGCAGCCUGUGGGGUCCAUUGACAAGAGGUCUCCUACAGCAUCACCUGCUCUGCUGUGCCAGACUCAUCAAUAUCAAGGUAUAAACAUCACAGUGCCACAAACUGCUCUUUAGUUUCGUGGCUGUUCAGUUAUUUUGAAUCACUGCUCCUUACAGCAGGGCUGCUGCUGAGGCUUUGGAGAGCACUUUCACACUCCCAGACACAGGGAGAGUCCAUCAGCAGCUUUACCUGGUACAGAAAAAGGGGUUUCUGCAUUUUCCCUGAUGGACAUAUUUCAAAGAACAACAGAUCUGGACUUAUUUCCUGCCUCUGCUUUUGGUUUCCACCAUUUCAUCAGCACACAACAGGAUUUCCUUAUCCACUCUGGUGGAAACCUGGGUUUGACCCUGAUGAUGAUGCUGAAUCUCUUCCUGUCACUUGCUGCUAUCAGCAUAAAGACUCACUGCACCUGAAGGUCUCACGGUGCUUCUGAUGCUGUUUAUAAGCUUGUCUGCCCACUGCCUUCCAGUAAGUUGCCUUUCCACAGUGCAAUGAUGCUGCUGAAGCUUCUGAUGGAGGAAAGAAAAUAACAGGACUCUGGAAGAAAACCUUUCCCUCCCCAUUUAUGUCACACAAAGCCUCAGCCUAGAGCCUAUGUGGGGACAGAAAUGGGAAAGCCACAACAGUUCUGAGUUCCCAAGCAUGAUGCCUCUGUGCCGAGCAGGGUGAGGUUAAUGUAAAACCCUGCAUUACUGCUACUGAGGACUUGGUUUCGGUGAUAGAGAAGUGCA